UCGAUUCUGAGGUCUACCGCGUCAGGUUUUUAUUAAGUCACGAUAUCGAAAAAUUGCCGAAAAUCCCCUAUUAAUUAUUACAAGCUGUUCGUCACUCAUCACUUCUCUCAAAAAUAUAUUAAACCAACUUUCAGUUACUGAAAAUGAACUUACCAAAGCAUUUCUCCAUAUAUCUCAAUCAAUCAAACUAGAAGUAGUCAUACUACAUGAAUUGCUUAGUGCUCAAAUCGCAAUAUCAGAUCUCAUGUUUUUGGAAUCUUUGCUUAGUUUAAAUCGAGCAAAAGAUAAUCUAGAUAAACUAGGUAAACUUCUGAACUCUAAAAAAUAACGUUAAAUGUAACUGAUAAAAUAUUACCAAUAAAAUAUCAGUUUUACAAUGAUACAUGAGUGAAAUUCAUUAUUCAUUAACAUUUGCAUCACAAACGUACAACAGGACAGUUUUCCAAUCGGUCCGCUGAAUCCAUUACUUCUUUAGUUGAUGUCAUUCUGUGAUGAUAAUGAAGAUCGAAAUAAAACAUUAAUUUUCCGUUAUGGGUCGACGAUAGUGUCAGAUAGAAGGGACCUUGUUGAUGUAAAUAUUUUCAGAAUUCAUUAUUGGGAUUCGAAAUUUUUCGAUCCUGACAUUUCAGAUGAGAUAAGCUCACUAUGUUUAUAGCUCGAAGGUUUAUUGUGUAGCAUAUUUAUAAGACCACUAUUUAAUCAUAUUGUUUUCAAGAUUGUUGUAAUGAUCUAUUAAUUAGUUUAACUUACCAUAUUUGCAUAACAGUACCCUUGUGACUUCUACGAGAGUUUUACAAUAACCAGCCUUAUUUUCGACAUGUUGAACUUUGCCUUGGCAAUUCAAGGAGUUAGUCUCAAAUUAUUACUAACUAGGUAAUGUAUUACAGUCUGUAUAUUUGUGCUAGCUAAACUGCUUGUGUUCUGCUUACCAGUACUUCAGUUCUUAAUGAAAAAAAUAUUAGUUAUAAUUAAGUUAGCUGAGUGUUUCUAUGUAUAUUAUUAAUUAAAGAAGUAUUAAACUUAGAAUAAUUGGAAGAUUUCAUAAUAACGCUUUUGGAAAAGUACUGCUUGAUUAUUCUAUAAUGUUUCUGUUGGGUAUGAACGAUCCCCAAAUACAGCUUAUGAGGGAGGAAGUCAAUACUGAUUUAAGAUGGAUGUAUAGUCGACUUUCAACACAUUUCUGUUUCAUUACUUUAUGAACUUUAAAUGCAUGUUUACUGUGAUUUGUAUUUAGAGAUAACUUAGUUCAUAAAUUCUACUCAUUGUAACUGAUUAACAGUUGUAAUUUUAAUUCUACUACGAUCAUAAUCAACAAUGCUUCCAUUAUGAAACUGAACUCCUAACUCUAGUUAACGGGUCAGGGAAGAAGAGGAUAAAGUUAAUCUUGUUCACUGCAUUGAAACUGGAGUUGCGAAAUCUUGGGUUAGUACAAGAACGUGUCAGUUUUGGUUCAUCCAGUUUAUAUAUUGCUAAAGCUUCUAUAAUCUCCCUCAUUUUUAUUUUGGCUUCAGGAAAAGGUUCCUUAUUCGUUGUUGUUUUUAGUGCUUCUUUACUAAACAUUGAACUAUAUAGGUGAUGAUACAGUAGGACGGAUUGCUUCGUCUCGAAUAAAUAAUGCAGUUCGCUACCGAACCACUGGAAGCACGUACUUCCAGUCUAUUGUUUUAAUACACAAUGGUCCAUACAUAUUCCAUAAGGAUGCAGUUAGUGUAUGUAUUAUAUGCUGUCAAGUGAAUGGUUAAAUAGUAAACGUAAUGUUACCUUUCGAAUAAAUUCACUGAGGUAUGAAGUUUUUGAGGUCAAAUUUCCACAUAGUUAACCCAACGACUAAUUGAUUUUAACUGGCCAUAUUUUAAGUUUUGCCUUUACCUAACAAGACCUAGAUUCAAAAUGCCUGGAUGGCAAUUCUGUAGGAUCAUUUGAGUUAUGUUUUUUCACAGUUAUUUGCUUUGAUCAUUAUGCUUUCAUCAUCUCUUAGAUAGUGUCAGGAUGAAAUCAUAAACAAAUAGUCUACUAGCACUUUUCCGCAAGAAGUUUGCAAUCUGUGGUGAUGGUUUGUAAUGUGAUUACCUGUAAUUGCAUUAUCUUUGUCUUCACACAUUCCGGCUCGCCGUUUUAUUGGCUUUUAUCACUGCCUUUAUACAGUUUUUUAGUAUACUGAACAUUAUUUGUAUAUUUAUGUCUAAGAUUUUCGCAUCCUUUUAGUAAAAUUCAUAUCCACAAUUGUAAACCUGCAUCGUAUGUUAAAAGUUGUUGUGUAACUCUAGACUGUUGUUUUCAUUUCGUCCAAGUUAAUGGCUUAUCUACUUGGUUUGACGUAAUGUUUCUCAUUCCUAGUCUCAUCUCGAUUGUAGUUCAUUAUAUUAUUAUUAUUCUCAUAGUUUUCAUCACUGACUGAUCGCAGUUAAAUAGUUACUGAAAACUAAGAAGCACUGGACAGCUGUUCCCUCCUAAUCUGGGACUUCUCAACAAUGCUCAUUCACAACCGUACAGGGAGUCAGACAUGGUCUUCUAGCGAACACCUAAUCUCUAGACUAUAGAAUUGGCAUUCAGUGGUGUACAUGUUUAACUUCGAUCUACUCUCUGUAUUACACAAACACCGAUCAUUGCGUCCAAUGAUGACUUAUCACUUUUAACUUAAAAAAUAUUUACUGUUGACGAAAACCAGUUUUUUUUCUUGUUGUCCAGGGUAGUACUUCACCGUGUAAACAGGUACCACUUGUAGCAUGGCUUGAAUGCUUUUACGCACAUUUGCUUAGUAAAUAUACUUUAUACUGGUUUGAAAUCUUGGUUCGUUCUGCAUCCAAUGUUCACGAAAUUGAAGAAACGGCAAACUCAGAAAAUCUGAAUCUGGUUGCUAAUAUUACAAGAUUUCAACGAGAAUCUAAUGCACUAAAUAUCUCAUUAUUAUUCGAUACAACUUGUCAGUCAUUUCCAUUCCUUGGACAUGGUUAUGUUUUGAGAGGUUCUUUUGGUGAUGCACCAAAAGGAAUUGAAAGUAUUCCACCAAUUUUUAAUGCUCCGUUGGGUAGCUCAUUGUCUCCGGUUGAUAUUUACACAAUUGUUAUGCAAAUCAACAGUACUCUUCAUCUUAGUAGUGAUGAUAAAAUUGAUGUUAGUGAAGUUUUAAAGCAACCUCGUUAUGUAUAUGACGAGAAAUUGAAUCAUACAUAUUAUAUUAAAAAAUUAGAAUGUCGUGUAUUUUUAGCUCUGGUUUAUGAAGGUUUGAAAUCCCAUAAAGAUAAAUUAAUUAAUGAAUUUAUAUCAAUGCUUACAGAUACGAUUUGUUUACAUAAAGUAGUCAAUCUGCUGAAACAGCACCGACAACAGUUCUCUUCAUCAUCACCAUCUACUGAUCGAAGAAGUUUACGGUCAUUUUUUUUUCACUGAAUCUCCCUACCGUCCUUUUUUAUCAAUCUCUAAUCGUUCUAGUCAUAUGAUUUAUACUUUUCAUUAAUCGCUUAUUGCACAGAUGAAGAAUUUUUGAGUGUGACUUUUCUAAAAAAAGAAUAAUAAUUUGAAAUAAAGAAAUAUUAGUUGUAGUCUCUUAUUCAAUAUUUCUUUUGAGUGAAAUAACUGGUCAACUUUGUCUUUGAGAACUGAUAACAGUACAAAAUUGUGUUUUACGGUACUUAGUUUGUUUCUAGAGGAUUACACAAACAAGAUUUAAUUCGUAAUGUUUUAAUUGUGCUUAAUCAAGAUAUUCGCAGAGUACUGGAUUGUAUUUGAUCUGUAAUCUACGCAGUUAAAUAAACGAUUAAAAUUUUGGACUAGUAAUUCAGUGGUAUUAUACUUAGCGCGAGAUCUGAUACUAUCCCGUAUAGAAGUCGUAGACCAGGACAAAAUACCUGCUUAUUGAUUUUUAGCGUUCUUUUAGGUGAUACCAGUCUGUAAUAAUUUUAAAUUACUCGAAAUCCCAACAAAAAUAUCCUAGUAAACUUUAGAUCAAUAAGUGGUUUAUGGUAAAAUGUCAGUUAUGAGAACCGUAGUUUUUAAAAUGGUGGGUACUAUGGACAUAAACUUCAGAAAAGGUUACACACCGAAAUGUAUUGUAUCAAGAACGGUUUUAUUUUAUAUUUCUUAUCAUGUGGUAACCUUACAGUGACAUUCUUACUUAGUACAGUUGAUUUCGUAUUUGUAUUGGACUGAACACUUAUUUAAAUAUGUAGACGGAGC